AUGUGGACAUGCGGCGUCGAUCAAGAUUCUGUAGGAUACGAAAUAGCAGACCGAGCGGCCGUCAGUUCGCGCGCGUGGACCCGUCGCAAUUCGCCGCAUCCUAUCCCGUCGUGUCCGUCGGUAGUGCGCGGUGGGAGGGUUAAAGUUUUUAGUUCGUCCGCGGUCCGCCGGAGGCACCCCGUGAUCUUGGCUGCGACGAUAGACGCGACGACGACGACAACGACGCUGCCGUCACGCCGCGCGGCCGCCACGGGUUCAGUAUACCGCCACGACGCAAUCCGAACACAACUUCUCCGCAUAAAGCCGCCGCAGACGUAACGUAGUCGUAACGCCGCGUAUUAUCGUACGGUCCGCCGUCGCGAAGCGAUUUAUCGGUUUGACGACCCUCGCCUCCGACUUUGGAAUUCCGAUAUCUCUCCCGUGUGUUUUUUUUUUAUUAUUUUUUUUUUUUUUUUUUGGUGGAAAAAUUAGAAUUUAAAAAAUCCGAAACGCCUAAUCGCCCGCGUUGCACACGCAUACCAUGAUGAAGUGAACCGGAAGCGGACGUACCUUACACCACCGCAUCAGAAUCUGUCAGCCCACAGCCGGCUCCAU